AUGGGGUGGCUGUGGGGCGACAAAGCGUCGGUCGUCGAUGGACAGGAAUUGCAAGCGCCCGCGCGACACACGACGCCCGCGGGCGCGUACAGCGUCGCCGUGCGCCUGGUGGAGGCGAAAAACCUGCAGGCGAUACAAGCGUUCAGCCUGCUGCAGACGCUGAUGAGCUUUAGGCUGAAGACGCAGACGGUGCACGCCGAUCGGUUGCCGAACGUGGUGGGCAAGGUGAAGCUGCAGCGCGCGGGGUUCGAACCGCAGAAGCGAAGGACGGUGAUCGAGAAGGAGACGGCGUCGCCGCUGUGGAAUCAGUUGUUUUAUUUUGAUCGAGUCGAGGUGGCAGAGGAUGAGCUGGAGGCGUGUAACGUGGUGGUGAACGUGUGCGAUAAGUCGAGAAUCGGCAAGGACAUGGUGAUCGGGAGCGUGGACAUAAAUCUCGCCGCGGUGUACUUGUCGAAGACGCACGAGAUUUGGAACGAGUGGUACACGUUGACGGAUUUCUCGGGGAGGCGAUCGGGGAGUCAAGGGGAGUUGUGCCUGUGCGUGACGGUGCUGCGAGACGGCGACUCUCCGCCGCUGCACUUGGAUGAGAAAUUUAGCGACGGCGAGGAGGAAAUGGUCGAAGUCGGACAGUUUGAAACCGCCAAAGCUCGCGCAAAGCGCGUUAAACGCGCUGAGAAAAAAGCGUUGGAGAAGUUGCAACAUGACGAGGCGGAAAUGACUCGCAAGAAUGUGCAAGCUUACAUUCUAAAGGCGUGCGUGUACAGCGGUAGAGAGUUUCCGAGGAUGGAUAGGUUCGGCGCGGGAGGCUUGGAUGCGUAUCUCAAGAUAUCCUGUGGGUCGGCGAAAGAGGCGAAGACGCGAGUGAUCACGAGUAAGAACCCGGAUUGGAACCAGGAGAUUGUCUUGCGACUUUUAGUGCCGGGCGGCGAGCAAGGUAUCGAUGCGAUGCCGCCCUUGCGUAUGAGCGUCAUGGAUAGAGACGUCAUGGACGCGGAUGAUCACGUCGCUUCGACGGCAAUUAGUUUGAAGGAUAUCUUAGAUCGCCCGAAGGCGUACGAAAAACCGAAAUGGUACUGCUUCUACGGCGGUUUACGUGGCAUGGAAGUUGCGUUUUUUAGUCGCAUGUCAAAGUUAGCCAAGAGAAUGAACGCGGGAUACGUGGACGGUGCAGCAUACCGCGGUCGGACGUUGAUAUCGUUCACAUUAGAGCCAGAGAACCGAAGAAACAAGCACGCGCGGGCGAAGAAAUCGAUUCCUCCGGUGUUGGCGAAGAUGGGCAAGGAGUGGCGUUGUUUUCUUCACUCGCAAAUCAUGAACGUGGAACUCUUCCAAACGAAAGCUACGGGCAAAAUGUUAUCCGUCGACGUCCGCAUGGGGCUUGAAUCCACGUCAUCGCCCUCAGUUAUACUUCGAGGCGAAGGUGGAUCGCUCAGCGCCGAGUGCUACGCCAACGUUCAGUGUAACUUGGCGCCGUUGUUGGUCAAGAUUCCAACGCCUUUCGAGGGACCACUCGCGGGUACAGGGUCGCCAGACGUCUUUGUGAACGUUAAUAUUUUGAGUGGAAACGGCUCUCGACGUGUGGGUUAUUGUCGCAUCCCAGUCACCGAGCUCGUGCCGGUGAACGAAACGUUGCGACCGAGGGCGCCGCCGACGAACGCGGAAUUCCCGUACGGCUGGAAAGUGCAAGGGUGGUUUCCUCUCAGAGCGGAUGCACUCAGCAAUCACAAGUGGUUUCAUAGUCGCCGCGCCGAAAACGUCAAACCGAUUGGGCAGGUACUUCUGCGUCUCAUGAUUCGAGGAUCAAGCGCUGGAAAGCACGCGGCGGGUGAAGCAUACGUCGACGAAGAUGACGUCAAGAGCGUGGCUUCCGACGCUGAAGCAGCCAUGGACGAUCGGCGCGGGGAUUUGGAGCGCAAAGCAGAGCUUCGUGGCGAGCGCCUCGCUGCAAAUUUAGAAUCAGAGUUCGUUGAACCUCUUCCAACUCGUCCAUUCAUGCUUCGGAUGGAGUUGUAUCAAGCGCGCGAUUUACCGGCCGCUGACGCUCACGGUUCAAGCGACCCUUUUGCGGUGCUCCGAGUCGGUCGCAACAUCGCGGAGACGAAUGUGGUGAAUUCAACGACGUCACCUUCUUGGUUCCGAGAGUUAUUCGUUCAAGUGGAUCUUCCACUCGUAGUUAAGGACAAGAAACGUCUGCCUGAUGGUACGCUUGUCACCGACGGCGACGACUCGGAUGAGGAUAGCGAGGAUGUCCUACUUGAUCCGUCUCGAAUGGCGGAAAUUAACGCGGCAAAUGAUGGCAACUCGAGCGAUGCCAGUUUUGAUUCGCGCGAUUACGAUGUGGAGAUGGCUGAAACGUCGACAAAACCUCAAAAGAAGAAAGAGAAGUUCGUCGGUAAAGGCGGCGGCGGCGGUGUGGGGCAAGAGUUUGAAGGAAUUGCAUGGUGGGCGGCGCCAUCCUUGAAUGUCAUGGUUUUUGACAGAGACGAAGGAUUGCUCAUGAUGGACAACGAUCCGUUAUCUGUGCUCUCGUUGCCUUUGAUUCAUCCUGCCGCUGCGGAAGCCGAGCGGCGUGGCGACGAUAACUUUAGCGUCAUCGCGUCAUCUAUUUUGUCCUUCUAUUCAAAGUUCAGUCUUGAUUCUGAAUUCCCAGAUAGAUACGAUGACAUUGCAAAUUACGAAGUCGGUGCGUUGUCGGCUGAACCCGAAUGGUAUCCGAUGCGCCAGUUGAAUCCAAAGAAAGGUUUGAGCGUCUCACCAAUAGACGCGGGCGGUUACAUUCUCAUGUUUUAUGAGUUGUUACCGAUGCCCAAGGAAGGCAUCGCAGCGUACGCCGGUGUCGCAGACUCUUCCUUCAAGGCGCUCGCGUUGAUGAGGCUCAACUCUGCAGUACGUCCGCUCGAGGACCAUUACGGCGCAACCGCUAUCGCAGUAGAGCUCGUUGUGUUGGGUGUGCGCGGGUUGACACCUUACAGAGGUACUCCAGUCCAUCGUCCUUGCGUCGAGUUUGAGCUCAACGGUGUGACGCCCUUGUACUUUGGUUCGCGCGCUCAUCUCGCACGAACACGUCAGCAAAUGUAUCCAAACGGACCGAACGCAAACUUCAAGGGAGAGAUUCUCAGACUGAGCGGAAUGAUGACGAGGCUCAAUAAAGUCCGUCUCAGUUUAUCCAUCCGUGUGAUGGAUGGUCGGAACAGUUCGACGCACAUCAUCGCGACUGCCGAGCAUGCACUUCGUGUCCGCGAUUCCGAAAAAGUCGAAGAGGCUGAAUUCGUGAGUAAACUGAAGUCAGUCAAGAUUCGUAAAUUGACUCCAGACGAGAUUCGCGAGAAGCUCAUGGCGGAGAUGUCCGCGACUGUAUCCGAGUCGGAGAGAACUUUCGGUACGAACACUACUUUGUACGAGGACGACUCUGACACAGUCACAAACGAGUUCAGCGACGCCGACGACGACUCUGAGUUAUUCGGCGCGAGUGUUACUUUUAAGAAUAAAAGUGGAUCCAUGAAACGGUCGAGUACAGCUAUAAACCAGUCGACAAGCAUGCUGGGUAGCUCUAAGAGUAAGAUGUCGCGAUUGGCGAGUUCGAAGUCUAUGCAAAAAGGGCAAAAACAGGGAAAAAAAUUGACGGAGCCGGAGUCUGCCGCGGGUUAUCACAUGAUUCGCUCAAUGGAUGGCAAGCGGAAAUACAUUCCGCUUGAAGAUUUCAGUAAGGAAAGACGCAAGUCUAAAAAUCAGCUGAUGUCUAUCAAAGAAGUCGAGCGUCCAGAUUCUUCCGAGUCAGACUCGGACAAGACUGAAAUUAGCGGGACGGAGACGGAAAAGUCGUACGCCAGCAGCGAGAGCGAUAGCGACGACCUCGGCAGUAGUACGUCGAAGGACGACAACGAUGACGCGGAGUCGGUGGAAGAAGAAUCGAGUGACUCCGAUGCGGAGCAACAAGACGCCAUCACCUUUGACGACGGCACCGGUAAGCUCCCGAUUUGGAUGGAGGGCCGAAUGAUCCUCGCAGGCGGCUUACUCGAGGACGAGCUGCGGCCCUUGCAGUUCAUGUCCAUCCCAGUGUACCAUGCGAAAGGAUUCGCGGACAACACAUCUGAAAAAGAACUCGCGGGUGUCGUCAAGGUUGCCAUCCGAAGCGUACCACUUCGGGAAGACACGAGUUUUGUCGCAGAAAACCUUCUCGAAAAUAAGGUCAACCGAAAAAGAGCUCUCAAGGAGGCGCUGAACAAGAAGGAAAAGAAGAGGCGCCUGGAUAGAAUUCACGAGGAAGAGAUGGCGAGAUGGGAACCAGAGGAAGAUUUCGCAACCAUGGGUAAAGAUGAGUUUCUUGAAGUACAGCGAAUUGCGGGAGGAGGCGAUUUGGCUUCCGCACCAACGGAGGUCACGGUUCGCGUGUACGUGAUUCGCGGAAGAGACCUUCGAACGUCCGACCCGACGGGUUUGUGCGAUCCGUAUCUCAUCGUCAAUCAACGUGGUUUGAAGAAGCGUUACGGUAAGCGUGAAGAUCGAGUCGAACGAACUCUUUCGCCGUGGUUUUACAAGGUUUUCCAGUUUCAGACCGACGUCCCUGGUGACUCCAUCGUAGACAUCAACGUGUACGAUUGGGAAAAGAGAGGCAAGGAUAUAUUAUUGGGCACGUGCUCCAUCGACAUCGAGGACAGAUUCUUCUCCCCAGUGUGGGUGCAAAACCUCUCUGAAACGCCACCACUGGAGAUGAGACCGUUACUUCUUCCGGACAGCGACACUCCACAAGGCUUUUUAGAAAUGUUCGUUGAGAUCCAUGAAGGUCACGACGCGCCUCCGCCGGCGUUUCCGUUGCAGCCGCCUCCGGUGAUGGAAGUUGAACUUCGAUGCGUCACGUUUGGCGCGCGAAAAGUCAUGAACAAAGAUGUCGGUGGUAAAAAUGACUUGUUCUUCAAGCUUACCCUCGUCGGUCUCGAUAGGACGCAAACUCGCUUCACGGAGGCGCAAGAAACCGACACGCACUGGUUCGCCACGGAUGGUCGAGGCAGCUUCAACUUUAGAAACAUCUUCAGGUUUGAGCUUCCGAUCGCUCGAGGGGCUUUGCGAAUCUCAGCGUACGACAGAGAUUUGUUCAGCGCUAACGAUGCCAUCGGGGAAGUUACGAUUCCAUUGACGGGCAUGUGCCGACAGCUCAUGCGCGCGGUGGACAACUCGCCUGAUGGAGAGUUGGCCACCGAGGCGACUGUGGAGUUUAAGUCGUCUUUCACAGACAGUUUAUCGACUUUCAACAUCUUCGACGGCGCGGCUGAAGGAAGGUGGUUGAAGUUGUAUCACCCGAGCAAGCCCAACGAGUGCCAAGGCGAGGUGGAGAUAAUGCUCUCACUCAUGCCGGUGCGCAAAGCUGAAGUCAGGCCCGUCGGCGCCGGGCGCGAUGCGCCGAACCGAGAUCCGGAACUCAGAGAACCGGUGCGCGCGAGAUUGAGUCUCAUGGACCCGCUCGGAUCGCUUUCUUUAAUUCUGGGCCCAGAGAUGCUUCGAAAGAUUCUCAUCGUCGGUUGCUGUCUGCUCUUCAUCGGCAUGUUCGCUGGUUUGUCCGUGUUCAUCAUCAACGAUUUCAUCGGCGCGUACGUCACCAUCGCGGUAAACCAACAGGCAAAGAAAUUCGGUCUCGAUACCGGCGGAUCCCCUUCCGCGGGCCCACCGCCGAUUGGCCGCUAGCACACAUAGAAUUUAGCUAAAAAGUUGUCGAUCACAAGGUGAUUGUAGGAAAACAGUUUUUGUUUCCGCGCCGAUUCGAUUCGCUUUGCUCGCGACACCGCGAUCCGAGAGACACGAAGAAGACGACGCAUGCAGGACGAUUCGCUCGAGAUGUGCGAGUCGUGCACUUGCGAACGAUGGGCAAAUAAUAUUUUGAUAUAACAAGAA